UUUUGAUGAAAAUUGGAAAUGUAUUUGAAUCUAUAUUUCAUUAAACACAGAAUUUCAUAAAACAAAUAUUCUUUGUGAUAUAUUCUAGUCGAGAAUCGAAUUUCGUUACGUUGUUUAAAAUUGAAAUUGAAAAUAAAGUCUUAACUUUAUCCAUUCAUUAAUUUUCAGUAUAAUUAGUCGCUUUAUAAAAUUCAUUAGAAAGAUGAAUAACUCAGCAGCAAAGGUGGGUGAAAUUUUUACCGAGGCUGGUGCAGCUUUUAAUCGACUUGCUGAAAUGACAAUGCUAUUACAUCCUUUAGCGGACCAGUCAACUAGUUCUCAUACCAAAACACCAGUGAAACGAAAAGCUGCAGAUGAGAGACUGCCUACUGCGGGGAGUUCUGGCCAGGUAACAUUGAACAUGCUCAAUGCACAAGAGACAGAAAUGGAUACGGAAGAAAUGGGUGGCGAUGUGAAAUUAGAAUUUGAGUCAAGCACUGAAGAAGUAGCAACUUAAGAAUAUAUAUGUAGAAAUUUUUUCAUUUUUGAUGUGCUUCUUCUGAAUAUAGUAGUUCAGUUG